AUGGAUGAGGAUCUGGACAUUGUUCUGCUUCCAGAGGGCGAGGAGGGUGCUGAAUUUCGCACUAAAAGUGCAGCCGACAAAGCUCGCAUUGUAGCGCUCCAGGCCCAUCAUGGAGAUGCUCUCCUACUGCGUGCCAAUGUCGUGAGUAUUACGCAUGGCACUUUGACUCCCGAAGGUGACGAGGCAACCCUAAUUGUCUUUGAAUUUCGAUUUAUCAGCAUGCAAAAGUCCCGGCGGUUCACCCAAUGCCUGAUCAACAUCGCCUUCGAGGACGCCGCAGGAGAUUGGGAUGACGGACCCGAAGUGCACCGGAUUGCUCCAGAUGGUGUGUCUAUGCUGAACCAAACCACCACCUUAAAGGACGUCCGAAGCGGCGCGGGGCUGAUGGUCCAGGCGGGUUCAUCGCCUUUGAGCACCACAGCGGGCCUAGUCUGGGAGAUCCGGGAACAACGCAAACAGCAGUUCCAGACUACACUAACUGGAUCCAAGAAACUGUUGCAUAGCCGAACAGCUGAUGAUGCAGUUGUGUGGUCUAUGCAGGAGAAUCGCCAGAAGAAAGACGGCAUUCCCACCUUUCUGCGUGCAGCGGUACUUCUGCGCCGGCCGACUGAGGGCGCCUUCAGCUUUCUCAUACAGGUCCGAUCGCAGGUGGACUUUAUGACUGGAAUGGAAUCAGAUCUGCGGUCUCUUUUUGGUCGCAAGAAGGUGGAUCAUGUUCAUCCGGUUCAUGUCGAUUCAGCGGUGGAUUCUCGCCAGCCCCAUGUUAAUAGCCUUGACUCAAGCGAAAUGGACCUAGCUCACAUGGAUGAGUUGGAUCUGUCGGAGUAUGUGGGAGUAACACUUGCGACACUGAUAGAAUCGGAGAGCGUCAGCAUGUCCUAA